UGAAUAUGUGGUUGUCGGGGGGAAGGAAAUAUGUGGAGAUGCUUAAAUUAUUGAUGGAUGUGAGGAGAGGAGCCUGUUGGGUGGGGUGAGUGGGUGGGGAGGGGGUUCCUCUCCCGCUCAUUUGGUUUCCAUGGUACCGCCCUCGAGAGAUCUGCAGCUUUCAUAUAUCAGGUUACUGUCUUUGAUUUUUGAUUUUUAUACAUUUUAAACAUAAAUACGCAGAAUAAAAAAUGAACGAAAUCUAGUUGUGUUAUUUAAAGUUGUAUGAUUGAGAUAAUGAUAGGAUGAGACUAACACACACACACACACACACACACACACACACACACACACACACACACACACACACACACACACACACACACACACACACUUUUUAUGAAUUCACUCAGAAUAAACAGCCUGGUGUUGCAGCCUGUGUGUAGGUGACACAUGUGGCCUUCGCUCGUGCCGGUCGAGCAUCUGUCCAGAUGUUGCUGCACGCGGAGCUGCCGUCGCUGACCUCGGUGCUGAACGCGACGUCAGACGAAGCUGCGCGCACCUCAGGAGACACGAUCCAGCCUCACUCCCUCUCUGAGUGCACCGAGCCGCUUCCAACACGCGCGGCCGCCUCCUAAACUUCUCUCUUUUCUUUUUAAAUCUGUCCAUCCACCUUCUCCCUCUCUCUCCCUCCUUUUCUUUUCUUUUUAUCCACAUCCUUCGACGGCGCUGCAUGGCCACCACCUCCACUCCUCGUGCGUCUUCGUGGUGAUGGCACCGUGCGCGGCUGCUGCUGUCCGUACCCCGGCAUCAGGGGAUGAGCUGAUGGGUGGAGAAGGCGAACCCAUCGCGUGCGUUUGAUUCGUGUGCCUGAAUGUUUUAAUUUGUUCCCUCGCUCUUGUGAGAACUCGACUCGUCGGAUCGUCGCCCUCCUCGCAUCCACCGUAACUUCGCCUGUUGUUGUUUUCCUUGUGUCGCCGCUGCAUCCUGCGCCGUGACAUGACGACCGAGCAGUAAAAUCUGCACAGAGAAGAUUUAGGCCUCACACACACGCGAUCUGGAUAUGGAGUCAGUGAAGAUGAGAGCUGUGGCGGGGGUGAAGGAAUUUGCGGGGAAGACCCUGGGCCAAAUGUACAAGGUGAUCGAGAGGAGGCAGAAGACCGGGGAGGUGAUCGAGCUGACGGAGGACGGGCGGCCCCGGGAGGCCGCGCAGAAGAAGCCCCCGCUGUGCGACUGCAAGUGCUUCGGUCUGCCCCAGCGCUACAUCAUCGCCAUCAUGAGCGGCCUCGGCUUCUGCAUCUCCUUCGGCAUCCGAUGCAACCUGGGCGUGGCCAUAGUGGGCAUGGUCAACAACAGCACCAUCCACCAGAACGGCAAGAUCAUCAUCACAGAGAAAGCCAAGUUCAACUGGGACCCAGAGACUGUGGGGAUGAUACACGGAUCUUUUUUCUGGGGCUACAUCGUGACACAAAUCCCGGGAGGAUACAUCUCCUCCAGGCUGGCGGCUAACAGGGUAUUUGGUGCGGCCAUCGUUCUAACCGCGACCCUCAACAUGUUCAUUCCCUCGGCCGCCCGAGUCCAUUACGGCUGUGUCAUUUUUGUCAGGAUAUUACAAGGGCUGGUGGAGGGAGUGACCUACCCAGCCUGUCAUGGCAUCUGGAGUAAGUGGGCUCCUCCCCUGGAGAGGAGUCGUCUGGCCACAUUAUCAUUCUGUGGCUCUUAUGCUGGAGCUGUGAUAGCGAUGCCUCUAGCCGGCAUCCUGGUUCAGUAUUCUGGCUGGUCCUCAGUGUUCUAUGUCUAUGGAUGCUUUGGCAUCUUCUGGUACAUGUUCUGGAUCCUUGUGUCUUAUGAAAGCCCUGCUGAACAUCCCACUAUCACUGAUGAGGAACGCUGCUACAUUGAGGAGAGCAUUGGAGAAAGUGCCAAGCUCGCGGGUCCUGCAGAGAAAUUCAAGACCCCCUGGAGGAAGUUCUUCACCUCAAUGCCUGUCUAUGCAAUCAUUGUGGCCAACUUCUGCAGGAGCUGGACCUUUUACCUGCUGCUGAUCAGCCAACCUGCAUAUUUUGAGGAAGUGUUUGGCUUCGAGAUAAGCAAGGUUGGCAUGUUGUCUGCCCUUCCCCAUUUGGUGAUGACCAUCAUUGUGCCCAUCGGCGGCCAGCUGGCCGACUACCUGCGCAGCAAGAACAUCCUGACAACCACCACCGUCAGGAAAAUCAUGAACUGUGGAGGAUUUGGCAUGGAGGCCACAUUGCUGCUAGUUGUGGGAUAUUCCCACAGCAAAGGGGUGGCCAUCUCCUUCCUGGUGCUGGCAGUGGGAUUCAGUGGAUUUGCUAUAUCAGGUUUUAACGUCAAUCACCUGGAUAUUGCUCCACGUUAUGCCAGUAUCCUAAUGGGCAUUUCUAACGGUGUGGGAACCCUUUCUGGGAUGGUGUGUCCACUGAUUGUUGGUGCUAUGACAAAGAACAAGACUCGAGAAGAAUGGCAGUACGUGUUCCUGAUCGCCUCCAUGGUGCAUUAUGGGGGCGUUAUCUUCUACGGGAUCUUUGCUUCGGGAGAAAAACAGCCGUGGGCAGACCCCGAGCUGACCAGUGAGGAGAAGUGUGGCUUCAUCGAUGAGGACGAGCUGGCAGAGGAAACGGGCGACAUCACUCAGAGCUACGGGGCUUUUGGAGCUCAGGCUAAGACGUACGGUGCGACCACGCAGGUGAACGGAGGCUGGGCCGCCGGCUGGGAGAAGACGGAGGAGUACGUCCAAGAGGAAGCACAGGGAGGGGGCUACGGAUACAGGCAGGAUGAGGGAUACUCUUAGACCAAACACACAUUCACCGACACAAUAGUAGACUUAUUUUCCUGAGUGUGCGUCAGCUUAGUCAUAAAAAUAUCAAGAAACAAGAAAAACUACAAUCCAUCAUUGUAGGCUAUGGUUUGCACAAAUUCUAAAUAAAUAAAUCUAAAAAAUUAUGAACUUAAUGUAAAGAUAACUAAAGCACAUAGAAAAUAUAAAGAUAUUUGAUUAAUAGAGGUGUAACACAUAUCAAAUUGGCAGUGUGUAAAUGUAUUAUUAUGCAUAUUGAUGAUAAAUAUAUUCAUUUGGAGUGCAACUGUAUGUAAACGUGAACAUUUCCAUCCUAUUAGUGGAGGCUUCCUGACCACACUGAAGCCUGUAGGGUUAGGUAGAAGCUGCCCAUCAGAACCUACCCCUCAAUUAUCAAAUUACCUGUUACAGUACAAUGUUCUACAAGCCAGCCAUUACAGUGUAUAGAUAUGUCACUGCACAGCAAUGUAAACAGAAACUAGACACUCUGUUGGUAUAGAUUGUACAGUGUGUCUCCUGAACGCACUCAGAGUAGUGUGACUUUUUUAAUGCACAACAUGAUUUUUUUAUUUCCUCCUCCACAGCUUCUGUGUGUGUGUAACUCUAAGUCCUUGACAUGUAAGUGAGCUGCUGUAAAGAUUUGACGUGUGGCGUGAUGAUUCGUGGUGACCGUUUGGUUACACUUGCAUACAAAGGUCAAAGCGUCUUUGUUUGCUACAUGUGAUCCAUUUAUGUAAUUCUGCUGUUUGAGCUUUGUUUUUUUUGGUUUCACCAUUUGCGACCUGUCACAUCUCAGCAGUGUAGUGCAGGAGUAAAGCCAUUCUCAUUAUCGUGAUCCACAUUACUCUCAAAGCCUAUAGCUGUACCAAUGCAUUGUGGAAACAUAGUUCUAAAUAAAUCAUAUAUUUCAGAGAUAACUAGCAGUACGCAGAGUAAAGAUGUAUAAACAUUUAUAGAUGAAACUUAGACAUUAAGAGAUUUAUGGUCAGAAAUGACCAUAUGAAGAGUUGGUGCAAUGCAAAGACUCUGGUAAAGUACAGACUAGCCAAAAUCAGUAUGAGAGUCUUCAUAUAUUAAAACAGAAAAUCUUAUGUUUAAUGAAAGGGAAAAAUUAAAAGAGAUAUUUACAUCAAGCCCCUGAAAACAAAGUGUUUCUCAAUAACAUCAAUAUUUAUGAUAAAACGGAAAAUCUGUUUCAUCAGUAAUCUCUUUAAACAGAGUCUGUAUGAAAAUAAGCAGCAUCUGUGGGAGUGGGGCAAGACUUUGGGGCGGAAACAUUCUGACAAAUCAGGCUUUGGUUGCCUGCAGGUAAACAGUCCGUGUACAGAGAAAACGAGGUGGAACACAUUGACCCAAAUGCAUCGGCUAUGGGCUUUUUAAUCGAUAUGCUAAAAUGUUGUUUGACGCUAAAACACCUACAAAAAAGUAAGAAAAAUGUUGGUUCAAAGAAACCAGUCGGAUUGUAAACAGUGUACAGGGAGUGGAAGACAGAGCCUUGGCCUAGAUGUCCUGACUGAAAGCCCCAGAGUCAAAUUCGGCAUCAGAUUGUUUCAUCCAGACUUUGUUUGAUCGACAGAAACAAAAAAAAAAACAUUGACAAUCAUCAGAUUCUUAUUAAAAUGCUAAAGUCAGCACAGAAAUAUAUACUCAUCUGUUUCCACCUGAGCUCCGCCCACUACA